AUGCGGAUCCUGGCAUUGCUGCGGUCUGCAGUUUUGUUGUUGCUCUUAUUCGUCGGGGGUCCGGAGGGAAGAAAGGUGCGAGGUGGACGGGCACAGCCCCGUAGGGCACAGCCACCUCCGUCGUACCGUGAGCGCAGUGAGGCAACUGAGAGCUUUCCCUUGGAUUUCACAGCCGUAGAGGGGAACAUGGACAACUUCAUGACCCAGGUGAAGAAUCUUGCGCAGUCUCUCUAUCCUUGCUCUGCUCAGAAACUGGACCAUGACAUGAAGCUGCACUUUUUGGAGAACACAUCGGUGACCUGUAACGAUGGGACGCCUGCUGGGUACUACUUGAAGGAGUCCAGAGGGAGCAGACGGUGGCUGGUGUUCUUGGAAGGUGGAUGGUACUGCUUUAACAAACAGACAUGCGACAGCAGAUACAAAACCAUGAGGAGGCUAAUGAGCUCUGCCAAGUGGCCACGCACGAGGACCGGUACAGGGAUUUUAUCACCACAGCCUGAGGAAAACCCCCACUGGUGGAAUGCCAACAUGGUCUUUAUUCCAUACUGUUCCAGUGAUGUGUGGAGUGGAGCCUCUGCAAAAACAGAUCAAAGUGGCUAUGCUUUCAUGGGAUCACUGAUCAUUCAGGAGGUUGUGAAGGAGCUCCUGAUGAAAGGACUGGAUAAUGCUAAAGUUCUGCUGCUGGCAGGGAGCAGUGCGGGUGGUACCGGAGUUCUGCUGAAUGUGGACCGGGUGGCGGAGCUGCUACAAGAUCUUGGUCACACUACUGUGCAGGUACGUGGUCUGUCUGACUCAGGCUGGUUCCUGGACAACAAGCAGUACCGCUGUACAGACUGCCUGGACACUAUCAGCUGUGCCCCAACAGAAGCCAUCAAACGGGGAAUCAGGUACUGGGAUGGUAUUGUUCCAGAGGGGUGCAGAUUGGCUCAUGAGGGAGAGGAGUGGAACUGCUUCUUUGGGUACAAAGUUUACCCCACUCUGAAAUGUCCUGUGUUUGUAGUGCAGUGGCUGUUUGAUGAGGCCCAGUUAACUGUGGAUAAUAUCCAUUUGACUGGUCAGCCUGUGCAGGAAGGUCAGUGGCGCUAUAUCCAAAACCUGGGCAGUGAGCUGAGGAAAACACUCAAAGACGUCCCGGCCAUGUUUGCACCUGCCUGUUUAUCCCACGAGGUCAUCACAAGAAAUUAUUGGAUGGACAUUCACGUGAAGGGGACCUCCCUCCCUCGGGCGCUGCAGUGUUGGGACCGCAGUCUACACAACAGCAUCCGCAACAACAACAACAACAGCAGCAGCAGCAGCAGCAACAGCAGAGCUCCGCCUAGGGGCUGUCCUUUGCAUUUGAUUGACAGCUGCCCAUGGCCCCACUGUAACCCAACGUGUCCCACAAUUCGGGACCAGCUGACCGGACAGGAGAUGAGCGUAAUUCAGUUCCUCACUCACAUGGGCUUUGAUGUACAACGCAUUGCUCAGCAACAGGGCAUGGAGCCCAGCAAACUGCUGGGCAUGCUUAACAACGGCAACUGA